AUGACUGAUGCAAAUAUCGACCUAACCUCAAUAUUUGAAGACCAAUAUGACAUUUACCACCGGACUCCUAGCCUCUCGGAUGGCGACAGCCCUGGCUCGAGCCAAGCUGACGAGAGCCAAAGCCAGCGCCAUGGAGCCAGAUCAGGUCUCCCUCUACUGCAGCUGGACGACUGGGAUCCCGACCUCUUCUAUGAUGAAACCCCGCCUACGUGCAUCCAUUAUUGUCUUGAAUGGAAACUAUUGCUAAGAAAAGCCACAUCUACCAGACCCGCGAAGCUCGCAAGCGAUACCGAGCAGAACCUUGUCCUGGCACCAAGUGCUUAUUGGGAACGAACCCUCAAGCAGAAGCUGCAACAGCUCGUAGAGAAGAAACAGCCACGAGACAUGCGUUACGAACCCGAGGAGACCAAUAUCACUGUAUCUGUUACCGGGCCCAGCGGACGCGCCCUAACUAAACGUGCUGAUGGCCUGGAUAUAACCUUUUGGAAGGACGUCGAGGACCAGCUGACGACCUGGGGCCAUCUAUUUCAGAAGGGUAAAAGCCUCCGGAUCACACUCUCGUUUAUAUACAAAGAACCGGAGCAUACGGCUAGCACAAGGACACGGCAAGGCACCAGACGGGGGGCCACUGGUCGGCAGCAUGCCGAGAGGGCCGAUCUCAUUGAGGACCAAGAAGCCGAAGGUGUACCCACCGUCUGGAGCGAAGUCUAUGCCCUUAUGCGAUGCCACGUAGAGUCGUGUCCUCAUCCGUAUUGUUGGCGUGAUCCCGACACCAAGAAGCAUCAUCCACUUGAUACCCGUGUCUUGAGUAAGCUCGUAGACUGCGCCGAGGAAGGCAAGCCGCUCAAGACACAUAAUGAUGUGCCAGUUAGCAUCCGUGAACUACUUUACUCCCAGGAGCAGAGCAACGAAUCUUCUCGCAAGCGGAAGCGACGAGCGUCUGACUUGCCGCCCAUUCAUAUUAACCUUAAUCCCGCUGAUCAAGGUGCUGAUAAGCCAUCCCUACUUUUCGAUCUCCCAUGGUCGAGAGAGGAAGCUCUUAAGCGCUGCUUUACAUGGCACUGCAGUAAUGCCUCAACUCGGGAAUGGAGGGAAGGGUUUAAGAAGGCAUAUCAGAUCUGCCUAUUAGAGUGUCUCGAUCUGGAGUGUCUUUACACUAACCAGGUCGAGGAGGCAAAGUUUCUCGUUGAGAAGGGUGUUUCACGCGGUAUUGCGCUUCAAUGUGUAAAGAAGAUCGGGGCUUGGCUGGAACAUGUCCGGAUUCAACCGCUUGUGUGA